GCUCCCCGGAGGAAGUGUGCAGCCUGUAAGAUCGUGGUCCACACGGCGUGUAUUGAGGAGUUGGACAAGAUCAACUUCCGCUGCAAACCCACCUUCAGAGAAGGCGGCUCUCGAUGCCUUAGAGAUAAUGAACCCUUGUUGGCACGUUUACAUGUGACCCGUUGUGUCUGUUUGCGACAGCAGAACGUUUUGAGACAUCACUGGGUCCACCGCCGGCGGCAAGAGGGGAAGUGUCGUCAGUGCGGCAAAAGCUUCCCGCAGAAGUUCUUCCAUAGUAAGGAGAUCGUGGCCAUCAGCUGCUCAUGGUGCAAGCUGGCAUUCCACAAUAAGGUCACAUGCUUCAUGCUCCAUCAGAUCGAGGAGCCCUGCUCGCUGGGAGCUCACGCCGGGGUCAUCGUACCCCCUUCCUGGAUCAUCAAAGUCAGGAAACCGCAGAGCUCAUUUAAAAACUCCACUCGAAGGAAAAAACGGACAUCGUUCAAAAGAAGAGCCAGCAAAAAGGGCACGGAUGAAUCAAAAUGGCGUCCGUUCAUGCUGAAGCCGCUGCCGUCACCGCUGAUGAAACCAGUGCUGGUGUUUGUCAACCCCAAGAGCGGCGGAAACCAGGGGACUAAGCUGCUGCAGAUGUUCAUGUGGAUCCUGAACCCUCGGCAGGUGUUUGAUUUGUCUCAGGGAGGGCCCAGAGAAGCGUUGGAAUUAUACAGGAAAGUGCCAAAUCUUCGCAUCCUUGCCUGUGGAGGAGAUGGAACGGUGGGCUGGAUCCUCUCAGCCUUAGAUGAACUACAGAUGAACCCACAACCCCCUGUAGCUGUGCUUCCUCUUGGUACAGGAAAUGACCUUGCCAGGACUUUGAACUGGGGAGGGGGUUACACCGAUGAGCCGGUGUCUAAGGUCUUGUGUCACGUGGAGGACGGUACAGUGGUGCAGUUGGACCGCUGGAAUCUGCAGGUGGAGCGUUCGGCUGCUCAGCCGGAGGAGGGCACACAGAAGCUUCCUCUAAAUGUGUUCAAUAACUACUUCAGCCUCGGCUUUGAUGCCCACGUCACCCUGGAGUUCCACGAGUCUAGAGAAGCCAACCCCGAGAAAUUCAACAGUCGCUUCCGUAACAAGAUGUUCUAUGCAGGGGCGGCUUUCUCCGACUUUCUCCAGCGGAGCUCCAGGGAUCUGUCUAAGCAUGUCAGAGUGGUGUGUGAUGGUACGGAUCUCACACCCAAGAUCCAGGAACUGAAGUUUCAGUGCAUCGUCUUCUUGAAUAUUCCCAGGUACUGUGCUGGUACCAUGCCAUGGGGCAACACGGGCGACCACAGAGAUUUUGAGCCUCAGAGGCAUGACGACGGCUGCAUCGAGGUGAUCGGAUUCACCAUGGCCUCUCUGGCGGCGCUGCAGGUGGGCGGCCACGGCGAACGACUGCAUCAGUGCAGAGAGGUCGUCCUCACCACCUUCAAGACGCUGCCCGUGCAGGUGGACGGCGAGCCGUGUCGCCUCGCGCCCUCGACCCUGCGCAUAUCACUGAGGAACCAGGCCAACAUGGUGCAGAAGAGCAAGAGACGCACGUCUGUGCCGCUGCUGAACGACAUUCAGAAAGUGUGCGCAGCCGACCUGCGCCGGCUCUCUGCUCCCCCCGACUCCUUCUCUGUCCCUCAUGCAGUCCCUGAGCGUCUGCGACUGCGCGUGAACCGCAUCAUCCUGCAGGAAUAUGAGAGCAUGCAGUUCGACAAGGAGCGUCUGCGUGACAUCUCUACUCCUGUUGGCAUCGUGGUGGUGAGAGGAGACUGUGACCUGGAAACCUGUCGACUGUACAUUGACAGGCUGCAGGAGGAUUUACAUCAGGCACCGUCUACUGGUCACAGAGUGCACUACCAGGAUGAGAGCGCAGGUUUGCCACGACCGAGUUCAGCUCACAGACUUUCAUCCAACUGGAGCUUCCUAGACUCUACAUCAGCCGACCGCUUUUACCGCAUAGACAAGGCUCAGGAGCAUCUUCACUUUGUGACUGAAAUAUGCCAGGAUGAGGUUUUCAUCCUGGACCACGAGGCUCCAGCGGUGAGCCAGGUCCGUGCUCCUGGAAUGCCAGAUGUGGUGGUGGAACCCAGUUCCAGUAUUCCCCUGACCUCAGACGAACAAGCUCUGUUGUCAGCUGCUGUUAAAGGAGACCUGUCUGCAUUGUCUGGCUUGUGCGGCAGCGGGGUCAGUCUGUUGGUGCGGGACUCUAUGGGCUGUACCGCUCUGCACUUGGCGGCCCAACACGGCCACACGGAGGUUGUGGGUUUCAUUCUAGAACAUGGGUCCAAGCUGAUGUUGGAUUUAACUGAGAGAGACACAGGCGACACUGCAUUGCACAAAGCAGCUUCCCAGCAGCACCAUGAGGUGUGCAGACGUCUGCUGGAGGUUGGGGCUUCCCUUAGCAAAACAAACUUCCUGGGAAAAACUCCCAAGGAUUGUGCCCUGGAUGCUGGGAACUCAGAGUUGGCGUCCCUCAUGGAGAGCCAGCCGGUAGAUGAGCCCACGGCACACGAGGAUCUGGAGACGGCUGUAUGAACGGGCUCACGCGCUUAGUGUUAGGAAGAUUUUUACCCACAGAAAGUGGCUGUCAGCAUUCCUCCGCGUGUCUGCUCACACUCGAAUGAGCUUGAGAGGGGAAGGAGGAAGAGAGAGCUGUAACGAGAACGCCUCGGGCUGAGAAAGUCCUCGGUGAACAGGAAAAUGUCUAGCUGUUGUUUUUCCACUGAAGUCGCUGUGGGUUUUAUUUUAUUGUAGGCUCUGACCUAGCAUUUAUUUAUUACUCUUAUUUAUUAUAACUAUUUAUUCAAAGUUGGAUUGGGUUAGGUUUAGAGACACAUGCUUUCGUACAUCAUGUUGUGUGCCAAAGACACACAGAGAGGAAAAACAUCUUCUGCUCCUGAAGAGGCCCGUCAUUGGUUCAGAGUUUGUUUGAAGGCGGAUCAUCUUCCAGAGAGUUUUCACAGCGGACAAAAUAACUGCUGAGAUUUUAAACUCAAAUCCCAGAGGUCGAUGAAUCGGAAGUCUAUAUAACUACAGACUUUACACAAUCUGUUCAUCCUGAUUUGUUUGUGUGCCGUUACAGUGGCGUGAUUGUGAAAUUAUCUUACAAGAAAACAUUUGAGCCAUUUUCAAUGCAAUAUGAAUGGAUGACAUUUGUGCAUUUAUCUAUUUAAUAUUACAUUACAUUAAUGUUUCAAGACAAGCAAGGGAACCGGAUGUGUUUUUCCAUUGAUGGCAGCUGGUUUUUGGCUCCAUUAUAAGGUUGCGUUUGACAACACUGGCCUGUGAGAAGAAAGACUAAACCAAAUGAACGUAAGAAAGACACUGACGAGAGUUGUGUGGUAUUUCACUUCUGUAACAUUACUUGUCCUCUACCAUGUCAAAUCACUCAUGACGGGAAAUGCAUGAAAACGGCUGCCUGUAGGAUCACGCUGAGAUCCAUUUACAUAUGAGUGAUCUGCUGUGUUAUCCUGUAUUAUCAGUUGAGAUUUUAACACAUUAUUGUGCAUGGAAUUUUGUUACCUCUCUGGAUGUUUCUACCCCUCAGUGAUUAUGUAAUGAAAUGGCUUUUUUUUUUUUUUUUUUAAUUUUAAGUUAUAUGAAAAUUGUUCAGUGGUUGUAUUUUGCUUUUUUAAAAUCUUUUAAAAGAUGGGACUACUUGAAUGUUUUAGUUUUUUCUAAUUUCUGAAUAUCUAUUUUAGGUGUGUAUGAGGUCACGGAUGAGUAGACAUGGAUAUGUGACAGAUAUGUUGCACAUUAUCAAAACUGAGAAUGCUUUUCUCAUUAAAGGGCAGUCAGAUGGAAAACACCAGUGUUCUGUGUUUAAUGUACAGUCAUAGAUGACUCUGAUGUUACAGAAAUUACUGUAAAUAGAUAACAUGCAUUGUCAGCACUCAGACAAGUAUGGACAUUUAUGUUUCUUCUCCCCUUUAUUCUGUAAUACAAUAUGUGCAAACGUAAAAUGAACAUUUACACCUCUUUUACUCGUUCUCCUUUACACUUUCAAAGGACUGUUUAGGGUCUCUUUUCAAGGGAUAUUUCACCCAAAAAAGAAACUGUUUAGCAUGAUAAUGUUCAUGCUGCCCAUUCCACACAAUGAAAGCAUAUAAAAACGUAGCCAAUGAAUAGUGCACUUUAUUUCUAGUAUACAAAACCGAGAAAGUUAAUAUAAAGAGUUAAGAUAGUAUAAAGCAUGAAAAGCUAAUAAAAAGCAAGUCAUUUUGCUGUGUGAUCUAUAUUUUAGAGGGAAGGGAAAUCGAUAAAUCAUUUGGUUCGAACGAAACGUUUUUUUUUUUAAGAACUUACGAACAGUACAAAAACAGGCACCAAAGACAAAGCUCCGAAGAUGAAUGGAAGGAGAAACUAUUUCAUGGAGCGUGACUCAGCGAACGUAAACACGCAGCCAGUUUUUGCCUUGCGCACGUCAGCACGCAGCCAGUUUUUGCCCCGCCUUUCAUUCCUAUAGUAUAAAACUCCGUCUAUUUUGGCAUAAAUAAUUUCACACCGAGAAACCGAGUCAUGGAUCAGGAGCACAGCAACGGUGAUGUCCAGAUUCCUUCGGCGGACAGUCCGGAGUUCAGACUCCUCAAGGCGUACGCCCGCAAGAGACGGCCCAUGGACACCCGUCUGAAGCAGGACAUCCCAGAGAGAGAGACAUCUUCAGCAGAGCCAAAUGAAGUACUCAAGAAAGCAAAAAGACUCAAAAAGAAGAGAUUUUCUUUCUUCUUGAAAUGUAUUAAACCCAAGACAGAUGACACGCCUGAACCACAGCCAGCGAUGCUUGAAGGUUCAGAUGAUGGGAAUGUGGAUGAAAUGGAAAACAUGGUCAGUGAAUUGACAGAGAUAUCAGACUCUGUGCACUUCACUCCAUGUGAACUAGAAACAGAUGGUCCUGGUGAUGGUGAUGGUGAGGAUGUUGUGGAAAGGCUGGCGGAGCUCCUCAGAAUACACGGCGAUGAGCUGAAUGAAAAGAUUAAGGCAGACAAGGCCUUAAACGAAGCGCUGCAGUCCUCUUUCAAGUAUGGCUUCUUCAAGAAAGUGAUGGACGUUUUCUGUAGAAGUGUCUCUUCGGAACUGCCAACAGAACAGAAAGACCAGAAAGUCAACGUCGCUCUGAUUUGUGAAGCCACCAAUCAGCUCUAUGGCAUCAACUACCAUCCAAUGAACCGCGUACUGGGCUUCGGUGCCAAGUAUCUUCAGGAUACAGGAUACUCCAACUGGAUUAGCAGAAACAUACAAUGUAAUGGAGAAGUUGGAGAUGAAUCCAUAGAGGAGGUCCAGUAAGCUGAAGAGAUGUUCUCCUCGCAUUACAAACGUCUUACUCAGGGGCACGGUCACUUUAUUCACAGGAAAAAGAUAUUUUCCAGUGUACCAGCAAGGAUAUAUGAUUUUCAUGUUCUCUGAACAUCUCAGGCCAAAAAAGAGGAUUUAUGUACACCAUACCUCAUUAAGAGUACUAUGGUUACUGCCUCAAAGCAUUAGGGCCCGGUUUCACAGACAGGGCUUAGGCUAAGCCAGGAUUAGGCCUUAUUUCAAUUAUAGCAUUUAAGUAGCUUUUAUAAACAUACCCUAGAAAAAAACAUUACUGUUAUCCAUCUUGAGACAAAACAAUGGCUCAGGCAUACUUUAAAAUGUGUCAGUGCAAGUUGCUUUCAUAAAACAGCUCAAACUUGCAUUUUAGUCUGGGACUAGCUUAAGCCUUUGCUGUGAAACCGGGCGUACACAUAUUUUAUGCUAUGAAAAUCAGGAUGACACAUCAUUCCUGACUGUACAAGUUUACAUAUUUAGCUCCAUUAGUAAACUUUUUUUUAUUUUUAUUUAAUGAGGCAUCCAAAUUGUUAUUUUUCUUUUUGUUAAAACGGUUUUUGUUUUGAAAUGAACAUAUUUCAGAUGUUUAUUUUAGCCUCUAGAAAGUAUUUGUAAUUAUUUAAGAGGAUAUAAGUUUUGCCUAAAUAAUUCUAUUUUUUUCAAUGAUAUAAUAAACAUAAUUUUCACAA